AAUGAAAAAUAAUUCAGCAGUUUCUUGUGAAGAGCUUGAUGCAUUUAAGUCUUACAAUGUUCCUCAGUUUAGGCAACUACAGGUGAUGUUAGCUCCUGUGUUGAAUAUAUUCUUGCUCAUUGUAAAACACCUCAGAUGCCGUUAUUUAACUCAAUUUGUUUUAUAAUAAUUCAGGGUUUUAAAAGCAUUCCAGUGUGCCUUGCAAAUAAUUGAUAAGAGGAAAGAUAAUUUUGUUUUUGGUCAGUAGCAGAAUUCACAGCGAGGGUUUGCCCGGAGCAACCAAGAGCAAUUAUAGAAAGAAAGUUGUUUCUUGAAUGUUUCAGUCUUAAGAAAGCAAGUAAACAGGCUAAAACACUGCAUCGAUUUUUAUAAGAACUGAUGCCCAUGAAUACAUCUUCAGGCUUAUAGUAGAAAUCAGAUAGAAAUUCAGAUGUAUAUGUUUUGUUAUUUGUUUAAUACUGUGGUAGAGCUUCUAUGUAAGUAAGAAAAUAUAGCAGAAUUAUUAAAAGAACACUACUACCCAGUAGUCAAUGAUGAUCACUAGACAUGACGCUUUAACAAACAGAUAGAGCAGCAACAUCACAUGGAAAACUAUUGCUAAACUUAAAGUAAAAGCUACAAUAACAAAUUAUGCUGAAAUUAACGAUAAUCUACAACUGUAGCUUACUUUUGAUCAGAUCUGUAAACAACAGGAUUUAUAGUGAAUAAUUUCUUUUACAGUCCAGUGAUUCAGGUUUUUCUUUUUUUUUUUUUUUUUUUGUGAAAUUAUUUUCAUUAAAGUAGAGCAGAGGUGUCAUCAUUGAUGUCCUGAUGCUGGUUUUAUCUGACUCAUUGUUUAACAGUUUUAUGUUUAAGGCCUGUAGGAGAUGACAGGUUCCCUCUUAACUGGUGAUGGAAAUACCUCCUCUGCUCCUCAUAUCUGUCUGCAACAAACUCCAAAGGCUUUGUUUUUUUUGUUUGUUUUUUUUUAAAUUAUUUUACAAGGUAUUAAGUUGCAGAAAGAAUCUGUCCCACUGUAUUUUUCAUGCUCUGUAAACUGAGAGAGAUGAGAGGCUGUACCGACCUCAGCAUAACCUCCUGAACCUGGAAUAUCUAAUUUAUCAUCAUUCUUUUAAUAUGUCACAUGAUCACAGUGUAAGAUAAUAUGAAGUCAUAACUGUUUUAAAUUGGCAGGUAAGUCAUAUCGUUUUAAGAUUCUGCUGGGAGGGGGGGCAGGUUUUGGAUCUAGGUGGCUCAUGUACGUGCAGACACACCCCUGGCAGUGUGGGUGGUGCUCACACAGUAGAAACAUGAGCGAACUGAGGUUUUUUUUUUUCUGCACUUUCCUAUAAAAACCUCUCCUUUCCCUGUCUACAUGCUCUUCUGACCUGAAGUCUCCACCGUCCACCAUGAAGUUGCUUCUCACAGCACUGCUGGGUUACCUGGCCUCUGCAUUUGUGACCCCUGCUAAUGGAGAUGACAUGCUGAAGUGGUGCGUCACAUCGGACGCAGAGUUGGACAAAUGUGAGACUCUGAGAAAUCUUCACCCGGAUUUUUCCUGUGUACAAAGAAACAGCACACUGCACUGCAUCGAGGCAAUCAAGCGUAGAGAAGCUGAUUUUGUGUCGGCCGAUGGAGGAGAGGUGUUUACAGCUGGGAAAUGUGGUCUAGUUCCUGUUAUGGCCGAGCAGUAUGAUGAAACGUUGUGCGGCACCACUGGAAAUACGGCUUUCUCUUACUAUGCUGUUGCUGUGGUUAAAAAGGGUUCACAAGUGACCUGGCAGAACCUGCAAGGCAAGAGGUCUUGCCACACUGGUAUCGGCAGAACUGCUGGAUGGAACGUCCCUAUGAGUCACAUCUACAAUCAGACUAAUGAGUGUAACUUCACUCAGUUCUUCAGUAGCGGCUGUGCCCCUGGAGCAGACCCCAGCUCUCCGUUCUGUAAACAGUGUGCUGGCAUUGGAGAGGACAAGUGCAGUGCCAAUGAUGAUGAGCCAUACUAUGGCUAUACUGGGGCCUUUAAAUGUCUCGUUGAAGAUUCUGGUGAUGUUGCCUUCAUCAAACACACAACUGUUCCAGAAAACGCUGAUGGCAAUGGUCCAGACUUUUCUCAGUCUUUGAGCUCUGCUGACUUUGAGCUGAUCUGCCCCGGGAGUCAAAACCCUGUACCAGUCACUGAAUUUGCCUCAUGUAACCUGGCUCGUGUACCUGCACAUGCUGUGAUAUCGCAUCCAGAGAACCGCACCAAAAUAGUCGGUAUUCUCCAGGAACUGCAGAACAGUUUUGGUCCUAAUGGCACCAAUACUAGAUUCAGAAUAUUCAAGUCAGAAGGAGGAAGGAACCUCCUCUUCAAAGACUCCACCAAGUGUCUCCAGGAAGUACAAACUAACAAUUUUGAAAGCUUCUUGGGAAAUGAGUACAUAAAUGCUGUGAGAUCACUCAGACAGUGCACUGCCAACACUCCAGUGCUGGAGACAUGUUGCACUACCAAUAACUGUCAAACGUCAACCAGUGCGAAAUGUGACAACUGCCGUGCCUGAGACUCUUCAGUGAUUUGCGUACCCCAACCUCACUUCACACACUCAACCCAAAAAUUACAUUAUGUUUGCUUUAGACCAACAAUAUGAUUCACUCCACUAAUGUAAUCUACAAAUCAACAGGUUUUCUCAAAUAAAAUCUUGGCAGUGCUC